UGUAAUACGAGCCAAAGCAAAAGUGAAAGCAUGAAAGCCCCUACAGUUUAUAAUCACAUCAAAGCUCAAAACAGCAGCUGAAAGAUGGAGAACUACCUGUACGAUGUGUUUUUUGAGGCAGAUAAUCUCUCUGAUCUCUCACUUGAACGCAUAAAAAGGUACUUUAAAGUAAGGCGUCUAUCUGGAGGAGGAGACUGUGAAAUCUGCAAAGUGGAGAAAGACAUCUACAAGAUCAGUUUUGCAAAUAAAAAAGACCAGGAAGCAGUGCUAGCCCGAGGAGAUCAUGUCAUCAACACACCUGAAAAAGAGGACAUCCGUGUUUCAGUAAGGUGUGACAAUAAUGCUAAAAGCAGAAAACAAUCAAACGCAUCUGCUAAUCAGAAAUCUGCAAGCUCUAAAGGUGUGGAGAAGCUGUUUAAACUGGACCAAUAUCUUCUACGAUUCCUCAGUGACUGUAAAAAGCCGUAUUCAGAGUUGGAGAAACUCCUCUCAGCUCUUUCUAGCACCUUUGAGAUCAACAUUGAGACCGAAGAGUUGGUGGUGUUGAGGGACCCAGCAGGUGAAGAUGCUUCUUCACUAAAAGAAUGGGAACUUGGUGUGGACCAAGUGAUUGAGAACCUAAAGAUUCACAAUAGUAUCCACUUUGAGUUUGAAAGAGACAAAUAUGCAAUUCUAGAAGAAAACUAUUUCCUCCAAAAUGAGGACUUAAAAAUCUAUUUUGAACAAGGCUCAUGUGUGGCUGUGGUGGUCGGAGAACGAAAUCAAGUGGACAAGAUUUUGAAAUUCACAAGCGACCUGCAGGAAAAACACCAGGUCAAAGAUGAAUGUCAAAUCUCAGAGAAACGAUUUGCCCUUAUUAAAGAGCAGUUUGAGUCAUACAUAAACUCGGAUUUACCUGCACUUCAGAUUGCACCAAAGCGAGCAGGUGUAAUCCUUUUGAAGGGUCCAGAGAAAGAUGUCCAAGAAGGAAAAGAGAAGCUUGCAAAGUUGGCACAAGGGAUCCAAGAGAAGAAGAUCCCAUCAAACACUGCCCUUAUGAACUUCUUGGAUUCAAGCGAUGGUAUAAAACACUUCCAGAGAAGAUUUCAGCAGAGCCUCUGCAGCCCAGUAAUGCUCGAGACUUCAGGAUCAGAUCUGCUUCUGUUGAGUUUGUCAGAUGAAGCACUUCAGGAGGCGGCCAGAGUCAUUAAGAGAGACCUGAGCUUAGAGAUUAUACAUUUGGAAAACACUCAGAAGUCAUCAGCGUUUACUGCGCUAAAGGAAGAGUUGAGUAAAGCGGUCAAGCAGGCCAAUCGUGAAAGUGUAAAAGUGGAGCUUAAAUACCAGAAUGAGUCAAGCUCUGAUGCCAAAGUGCAACUGGUCGGCUUCACUACUGAAGUUAAUGAGCUGAAGAACAUGUUACUUGAAUAUAAAAGAAAUCAUCAGAUGCAUGAAGUCCGCCUGGCACUUCAAUUCCCAGAGAUGGCAAAGCAUUUCUCUGAGAUCAUGUCAAUGGCUGGUGUCAAGAAGAACAGUGUGAAAAUAAAGCCAACAUGUUCAUCUUCCCCAUGCAUCCACCUUAAAGGACCUCGCUGUGCAGUUGAGAGUUUAAAGGAAACCCUUGAUUCAUAUCUCUGCAGUCUUGUGACUAAAAGAUUUGAGGUGAAAGGACCUGGAGUUCAACCGUUUUUUCAAGGUGAUGGUGCAGAGACACUGAAAUUAGUGAAGAAUUCUUAUAUGGUUGGGAUUCUGCCCAUCAAUGAUGAGCAACCAAGAUAUCAAGUGCCCAGUUACUCAACCAGCUUGAGUAUUCUAGGCUCAGCAUCUGCUCCAUCAACCCAUCAGUCUCCCGACUAUGAGAAUAUAAUACACAUUAAAGUUGUGGUUGGAAGUCUUGAGCAACAAAAGGCUGAUGUGUUUGUUGUGCCAAUGGUCCAAGCUAACAUGACCUCAACCAUGAUUGGAUCAUCUCUGUUCAAAAAAGCAGGACAGCAGCUUCAAACUAACUUCAACACUGCGAAGGGUUGUCGAACUCUUACACCUGGAGACGUGCUCAUAGUGGAUGCCACACCAGGGUUGGGAUGCUCAAAGGUGUUCUUCAUCGAAUGUGCACCAAAGGGGAAAAAACUAACUGAAAAAGUACUUCGCUGUGCGCUUGUCUGUGUUUUUACACUAUGUGAGCAGAAUUCUUUUGGUUCAGUUGCACUGCCGGUUAUUGGACCUGGAGAAGUGUUGUCCAUACCAGUCAAAGAUUCUGUUAAUAUCCUUACUCAGGAGAUCUGUAAAUUUUUAUCUCAGCCCACUGUUUUCCUACACACCAUCUAUAUCCCAAUAAUGCCUAAUUACUCCCAUUCUGAAGAGAUGUUCCAGACAGUUCUUGGAAAUCUGAGUACAAAAAUGGUGAACAAAAAAGGACAAGCUCUGUUUCACUCACUGACCUCUGACCUUGAUGAGAUCACCAUGGCAGUGAAUGGGAUCCAACUCCACCUAGUGUUUGGUGACAUCACUAAUGAGACGACUGAUGCCAUCGUAAACACCACAGACUUUAAAGACUUCCAGACAAACGGAGUGUGUAAGGACAUCCUCACUAAAGCAGGACCUCGUGUUCAGGGUCAGCUGAAAGGAGCUCAACCCGCAAGUGGAAAGAUCUUUACGACCCCACCAGGAGGCUUCCCAUGUAAGACCAUCAUGCAUGUUUGUGGAGAGAGAAGCCCCAGCGUCAUCAAGACCUUAGCAAAAGAAAUAGUGGUUCAGUGUGAGAGCGGCCAGUACCAGUCUGUGGCCAUUCCUGCUAUCUGUGCUGGACAAGGAGGUUUGGAUCCAAAUGUGGUGGCCAAGUCUAUUCUAGAGGGAGUGAAGGAGGGUGUUCAAGGAGCGAAUCUUCAAUAUCUCAGAAAUAUUCGCAUCGUUCUGCUGAAGAUUAAUGUUUUCCUGGAGUUCAAAGAGGUGGCACUGCAAGUCUUUGGUGCCAAUACACAGAUGACAGCUCCUGCUCCUCUUGUACCUACAAAUGUACCCACCAGAGGGCGCAGUGCAACAGCAAUGUUGACCAGAACUCAAGCACCUUCUUUACCAGCCACACCUGACUUGAGUUAUCUAUUGGCAUCUUUGCCGGACACAGAGGACAAGGCAGCAUUCCUGGUAAUUGGUGACCGUGAUAAAGACGUGUCUGAUGCCUGUAGAGAGCUUCAGCGGGCGUACGACAGUCAGUGUUCAACACAGUCAUUCCACUCUGAUGAGAUUGAGCGUCUUACUACGGAUGAGCUGGACAAGCUGCUGUCUAAAGUAGAUUCACUGCACCUUCAGCUAAAAACCAACAGCUCUGGAGAAUGGGUGGUAAAAGGGCUGAAAGAUGGAGUGAAUGAGGUGGCGAGACUGAUACGAGAUGCACUUCGCAGACAGGUAAGAGAGAAGGAACAGGAUAACCUCUUCACCCAAGUGACGUGGUGCAUUUUGGGACUCCGAGGCGUUUGGCAGAAGGUUCCAGUAGAGGCGAAUCAUAAACUUGAGAGAGCUGAUGUAAAUGAUGGGAUUGUGGAUGCACAAGGUGUGAAAUGGACUGUGGAUUUAAAGAAAAUGGAGGCCACAGCAUGCGUUUCAGGACAGGUGACAGCUCUCAAACGCCUGGAGAACCUUCCAGAUUUCUCUUUGCCCAUCUACUGGGACAACAUGAAACAAAACGAGCAUUUAAAGGUAGUUGAUUUAGAUCAGCAAUCAGCAGAGUACCAGACCGUCAAGGCGGAUUUCAAGAAGACCGUCAAACAGACUGUGCUCAAGAUCGAGCGCAUCCAGAACAUCAAUCUUCGGCGGUUAUAUGAGGCACGUAAAUCUGAGCUGGAGAUCAAGAAUGAUCCAGCUGUCGGAGCAGGAGAGAAAAUCCUUUAUCACGGCUCUGCACAGGCGUCCUGCUCGUCUAUCAUGAGCACAAACUUCAACCGCAAUUUUGCUGGGCAGAAUGCCACUGUCUUCGGUCAUGGGACGUACUUUGCAGUGAACGCCAGCUACUCUGCUCAGACGACCUAUGCAGUUCCUGCAGCAGACGGGACUCAGCUGAUGUUUGUGGCUCGUGUGCUUACGGGUCAUUAUGCUCAGGGUCUUGGGAACAUGAAGACGCCCCCUGUCCGUGUUGCUCCAGACCAGUUCUAUGACAGUGUGGUAGAUAACACGCAGAAUCCCACAAUGUUUGUGGUUUUUCACGACUGCCAGGCUUAUCCAGACUACCUCAUCACAUUCAAGUGAACUUCAACAACAAUCACUGGAUGAUUCACACUACCUGACAAAAGUCUUGUCGCAAUCCAGGUAUUAGCAGCAACAAA